AACUCGCUCUGUAGACCAGGCAGGCCUCGAACUCAGAGAUCCACUUGUCUCUUCCUCCUGAGUGCUGGGAACAAAGGCACGAGCACCACGCCCCACCUGUUUAACUACUUUAUUUGCAUUUGGGUGCCCACCUGGACCGAAUGGUGCAUGGCCCCGACCUUAAGAGCAUCAAAGGCUGGAGGCAUUUCACGUUUCUGUGUUCGGGUCCAGGCCACAAGGAUUGCUCCCAGGUUCUCAGUCACAGACUUUUUGAAGAGUUGCAGGGAAUUCUUGCAGAGAGAAACCUGGUGCCACAUGCUGCCAGCACUUACCUUGAGUGGCUGAAACACUGAGAUGUUCAGAGGGGUUUGUCUAACAGACCCAAACAGCCUGCAUCUUGGCCUACCACCGCGUCUUCCUCAAUAUAGACUGAUAUGCCCAGGGUAGUCCUGAAUGGUGUGACAGUGGAUUUUCCUUUCCAGCCUUACCCAUGCCAACAGGAAUAUAUGAUCAAGGUGCUAGAAUGUCUCCAGAAGAAAGUGAAUGGCAUCCUGGAGAGCCCCACAGGCACUGGGAAGACGCUGUGCCUCCUCUGUACCACAUUGGCCUGGCGGGAACAUCUCCGAGAUGCCGUUUCUUCCCUAAAGAUUGCUGAGAGAGUUCAAGGGGAACUCUUUGCCAGUCGGACCUUGUCAUCCUGGAGGAGUGCUACUGCUGCCAGUGGAGACUCAAUAGACUGCUACACAGAUAUCCCAAAGAUCAUCUAUGCUUCUAGAACUCACUCACAGCUAACUCAGGUCAUCAGUGAGCUUCGGAAUACUUCCUACCGGCCCAAGGUAUGUGUGCUGGGCUCCCGGGAGCAGCUGUGUAUUCAUCCUGAAGUGAAGAGGCAGGAGAGUAACCACAUGCAGAUCAGUUUGUGCCGUAAGAAGGUAGCAAGUCGCUCCUGUCAUUUCUACAACAAUGUGGAAGAGAAAUGCCUGGAGCAAGAGCUGGCCACCCCCAUCCUGGAUAUUGAGGACCUUGUCAAGAACGGAAGCAAACACAAAGUGUGCCCAUACUACCUUUCUCGAAACAUGAAACAGCAGGCUGACAUCAUCUUUAUGCCAUACAAUUACUUGUUGGAUGCUAAGAGUCGUAAGGCACACAGCAUUGACCUGAAGGGAACAGUUGUGAUCUUUGAUGAAGCUCACAAUGUGGAGAAGAUAUGUGAGGAGUCAGCCUCCUUUGACUUGACUCCCCGUGAUGUGGCUUCAGGACUGGAGGUUAUCAACCAGGUUUUGGAGGAGCAAGCCCGGGUGACUCAGCAGGGUGAACUCCAACAGGAGUUCAUUGUAAACACGUCCAGCUCAGGACUCAACAUGGAGCUGGAAGACAUCGCAAAGCUAAAGAUGAUCCUGCUGCGUCUGGAGGAGGCUAUUGAUGCUGUUCAGCUGCCUGGGGAUGACAAAGGCGUCACCAAACCUGGAAGCUACAUCUUUGAGCUGUUUGCUAAAGCCCAAAUAACAUUUCAAACCAAAGGCUGCAUUUUGGAAUCACUGGACCAGAUAAUCCAGCACCUGGCAGGACGUACUGCUGUAUUUACCAACACGGCUGGAUUGCAGAAGCUCAUGGACAUUAUCCAGAUUGUGUUCAGCGUGGACCCUCCGGAAGGCAGCCCUGGUUCUCUGGUGGGGCUGGGUAUCUCACAUUCCUAUAAGGUACACAUACACCCUGAAACUAGCCACCGGAGAGCAGCUCAGCGGUCAGAUGCCUGGAGUACCACUACAUCCAGGAAACAAGGGAAGGUGCUGAGCUAUUGGUGCUUCAGUCCCAGCCACAGCAUGCGUGAACUGGUCUACCAAGGAGUCCGUACCCUUAUCCUCACCAGUGGUACACUGGCUCCGCUGUCUUCCUUUGCUUUGGAGAUGCAGAUUCCAUUCCCAAUCUGUUUGGAGAAUCCACACAUCAUUGACAAGAACCAGCUCUGGGUGGGGGUCAUCCCCAGAGGCCCUGAUGGUGUUCAGCUAAGCUCUGCCUAUGACAAAAGGUUUUCUGAAGAGUGUUUAUCUUCCCUGGGGAAGGCUCUGGGCAACAUUGCUCGCGUGGUACCCCAUGGGCUUCUGGUCUUCUUCCCUUCCUACCCUGUCAUGGAGAAAAGCCUGGAGUUCUGGCAGGUACAAGGCUUGGCCAAGAAGGUAGAGGCACUGAAGCCUCUGUUUGUGGAACCCAGGAACAAAGGCAGCUUCUCAGAGGUCAUUGAUGCCUACUACCAGCAAGUUGCCUCCCCUGGGUCGAAUGGGGCCACCUUCUUAGCAGUAUGUCGGGGAAAGGCCAGUGAAGGGCUGGACUUCUCAGAUAUGAAUGGUCGUGGUGUGAUUGUCACGGGCCUCCCAUAUCCUCCACGCAUGGAUCCCCGUGUUGUCCUCAAGAUGCAGUACUUGGAUGAGAUGAAAGGCCGGAGUGGGAUUGGAGGCCAGUGCCUCUCUGGCCAGGAAUGGUACCAGCAACAAGCAUCCAGGGCUGUGAACCAGGCUAUUGGAAGGGUUAUCCGUCACCGCCAUGACUAUGGGGCCAUCUUCCUGUGUGAUCACAGGUUUGCCUAUGCUGACGCCAGGGCCCAGCUGCCCUCCUGGGUGCGCCCCUACCUUAAGGUGUAUGACAACUUUGGCCAUGUCAUCCGAGAUGUGGCCCAGUUCUUCCGUGUUGCUCAGAAAACUAUGCCUUUGCCAGUUCCUCAGGCUGUGACCUCAAGUGUGAGUGAGGGAGAAGCUGCUGUCAAGGAGGCUACAUUGUCCAGCCACUCCCUCUCCACUAGGAAAGCCAUGAGCUUGGAUGUGCAUGUGCCCAGCCUGAGACGGAAGCCCAUAGGAUUACCAGCUGCUGGAGACUCAGAGAGCAACCUGUGUGUGGAGUAUGAGCAGCAGACAUUUUCUGCCCAACAGAGACCCUUGGGGUUGCUAGCUGCCUUAGAGUACAAUGAUCAGAAGGCUGGGGCAUCUGAGGAACAGGCACUCAGCUCCUCUACCCCAUCGCUCCGGUGUGAGAAGAGGCUAUCUGUUGAGCAAAAGGGAGGAAGGAAGAAAGUCAGGCUGGUCAACCAUCUGGAAGAACCAAUGACUGGCACACAGGCAGGCAGAGCCAAGAUGUUCAUGGUGGCUGUGAAGCAAGCACUGAGCCAAGCUAACUUUGACACCUUUACCCAGACCCUGCAGCACUAUAAGAGUUCUGAUGACUUUGAAGCCCUAGUGGCCUCUCUCACCUGCCUCUUUGCUGAAGACCCCAAGAAACACACCCUGCUUAAAGGUUUCUACCAGUUUGUACGACCCCACCACAAGCAGCAGUUUGAAGACAUCUGCUUCCAGCUAACAGGCCAACAUUGUGGCUACCAGCCAGGGAACAACCUUUCCUUUGGAGAUCAAGCACAGUCAACUGUGAACUUUACCAGAAAGAGAGAGCCGGAGUCUAAACUGACCUUGUCUGAAGGUGUAGACAAGCAGCUGGAUCCUGGAGAGCACCUGAACCAGGGGCAGCCUCACCUGUCUGCCCACCUAACCUCCAAAGGAGACACCAGCCAUUGUCCAAAAGUGGGAUAUGCAGUAGAAAAACCUGGCCAGCCUGCUGUGAGUGACUACCUAUCUGAUGUCCACAAGGCUCUGGGAUCUGCAAGCUGCAACCAGCUUACGGCAGCUCUGAGGGCAUACAAACAGGAUGAUGACCUGGACAAGGUGGUGGCUGUGGUGGCAGCACUGACCACUGCAAAACCUGAACACUUAUCCUUGCUACAGAGAUUUGGCAUGUUUGUGCGUCGGCAUCAUAAGCCUCAGUUCCUACAGACCUGUGCAGACCUAAUGGGCCUACCUACCAUAGGCAAGGACGUGGAGCUCCCAGGUCCCAGGGAUGAGAGUACAACUGUGCCUUCUGAGCUUACCCAUGAGGACCUGAAACCAGGGCCCUCGAUGUCCAAGAAACCUGACAAGACCCAGAGUAAGAUCUCGUCCUUCCUUAGACAGAGGCCAGACCAGAAUGUGAGGUCUGAGGAUACUACCCCAAAGCCCAUGCAACUUCCUCCUAGACUACCCCAUGAGCAUAUGAAGACUCAGUGGAAAUUUCUAUGCCCGGCCUGUGCAACUGAGGAUGCCGUGCUUUUCCAGUGCACCUCCUGUGACUUCUACUGCUGCUGGGCCUGUUGGAAACUUCAACUCCAGACCUCUAGGCUGUGUCCGGCUUGUGGUGCUGUUAACAGGAAGCAGAGCAUUAUACAGGUCUUCUGGCUGAAGCCCCAGUGAUAACAGAUGGAGUCCUUUGCUGACCCUGAUAUGGCUAAACCCACUGCAGGUUUCAUGCUUGGCUGUCCAAUGGGAUCUGAAUCUACUUGUGAAAUCCUGAAACCUCAAAUUGGCAUUACUGAAGUUGUAGGCUGUUCAAUAAAACUAAGUUGUCAGGAUGG